CCUCCGCUCGCGACAUGGCGCCCACCACGGUGGCACUGCUCGUAGCUUGCCUCGCGGUAGGCAGUUCCGCCUCUCUGUGCGGCUGCCCGCCCCCGCCCGCCGCCCCCUGCGUGGUGGUGCCGUCCCCGCAGCAGGCGCCGCCCCCGCUCGUGAUCCUGCCGCCGCCCACGCGCUCGCCGCCGCCCCUCGUGCUGACCGGCCCGCCGCCGCCGCCCCAGCAGCCGAUCAUCGUGUUCUCGCCGCCGCUGCCGCCCGAGCCGCCCCUCGUGGUGGCACCGCCCCCGCACCCGCCCCCGGCGCCCAUCUUCGUGGUGCCGCCCCGCCGCCUGCCGCGCCGGGUGAUCGUGCUGCCGCGGCCUCCGCCGCCGCCGCGCCCCGUCAUCCUGCUGCCCCCGGAGCCCGCCCCCGUGCAGCUCGUGGUGGCGCCGCCCCCGCCGCCCGCCCCCCGCCAGGUGGUGCGCCUGCCCCCGCCGCCGCCCGCGCCCCGCCAGUGCCUCGUGCUCACGUGGCCGCCGCCCCCGCCGCCGCCGCUCGUGCUGCCGCCCCCGCGCUGCCCCUGCUGACUGCUCUGACGUGGACUCUUCCGACAACUGACUCACCCUCACCUGAGACCCGUGUUCAUAAUGUAUUUAUUUUUUUGUGUAGUAAACUCAAAAAAAACAUUCUCUUUUGUCUUUGUACUAUUCCCUUACUUUGACUUAACUAAUGUAUUCGGUCAUUGGUUUCAUCACUUCAGUACACUAGAUACCUAACGUGAUGCGACUAGGUUCGUAUUCUUCUUCAGCAGGACUGGUGGCGGCUGAAUCAACCCGCUGUGCUGUUGAAGAAUAUGUAAAAAACAUCUUGCUUCCACAGAUACUAGUAGUCUUUCUAUAUGAGUAGCUAUCGCAAAGCGACUAUUGCAAGGUAUACCCUCCGCAGUAGCAGGUGACCAUGGUUAUUGCAACCUGGUUCUUUGGGUGUGAUGUGAGUGGUCUGGAGUUGAGUACUGUAUUGCUUUGUACCAAAAAAACAUGAACAGUUCCUCAAAUGUUAGAAACCACUGCUCUACUACUUGAAUCACAUGAGGUUUGAACCAUUUACAAUUUCCUUCUACAUACAUAGCCUACCUAUAUGAGGGCAGC